AUGGAUAGAAGACUUAUAGAUGAAGAAAUAGAUGAUCUUUUAUUGGAAGAAUUUCCAUCUGAUAUUGAUACACCUGUAGAAGACAGUACUGAUGAUGAAUCAGAGAAUGAAUGUGAUCAAAUAUCACCACAAACUGACAUAGCUUUUAUUUUAUUUAGUGAAGAAUCUGACGAUGAUGAUUCUGAUGAGGAAGAAGUUACUAGUAAUCCAUCAAUAAAACGGAAUUUUAGAAAACGUGAAAAAGUAAGUACUGUUCCUUCUUUUUCAUUAACGAAGGGAACAUUAAAUCAGUUUUUUAAAAAUAAGACUACACCAACAAAUGUUUUCCUGACAGUUUUAGGAGAAAGUACAAUAAGCAAUAUUGUAUUUCAAAGCAAUCUAUACAGCCAACAAAAACAAAUAAAUAUUAAGACAAUUAGAGAUGAAGAAAUGUAUGGAUUUCUAGGACUGCAAUUCCUUUUUGGAUAUCAUUGUUUACCCCAAACUCAUCAUUAUUGGUGUAGUGAUAUAGAUUUAUGCAUUCCCAUUGUUCGAGAAGUGAUGGCAAGAGAAAGGUAUAAACAAAUUUUAUCAAACUUACACGUAAAUGAUAACUUAUCCAUUCCUUCAGAUAACAAGGACAAACUAUAUAAGAUACGACCACUGAUCACUGUAAUGAAUAAAAACUUCAAAAAAUUCCGACUACCAGAUCAAUUUCAGAGUAUAGAUGAAAGCAUGGUUAAAUUCAAAGGCCGUUCAUCCCUCAAGCAAUACAAUCCAAUGAAACCUGUGAAGAGAGGUUACAAACUCUGGUGUCGUGCUGAUAUGUCAGGAUACAUAUACGAAUUUAUAAUUUACCAAGAAAAAAGACACGGUGAUUCUAGGAAAUAA